UACAGCCUGGUCGACGGUUGUUUGAUAGAAACUUAGAUUAUGUAUAUUUAGAUAAUUUUCAUUAUAAUAUAGUAACUAUAAUGACUUGCCAUGAGACUGCAAAGCUGCCAUUUUCGUUUCCUAAGAUCUACUUUUUGAUAUUGGAAUUUUGGUUGCUUUGUGUAUCCUGAAUUAUUUUUUUUUUAUUGAAAUUUUCAUGCUCUGCAUGUUUGUGCCAAAUGCUUCGAACUGAAUCAAUUGAUUGACAUUGAAGCUGAUAUAGUUAAGAUUUCAAAGCCUCCUGCGACCCGGAAUUUUAAGCUAAGAUAAAAGUCUUUUUAUCCCAAGCCUUCUGUGGCCUUUGAAUUUCAUAAAAAAAUGCUUUUGAUGAACACCUAUUCCCUGCAUGCCAUCCACCAAUUGUCAUUCAUAAUAGAUGGCAAUAGGUUCUCCGAAAGAAGCAUGUCUUUUGACUUUUAUGUAAUGUAUGCAAAAUAAUGUAACGCUACCAAAAGAAUUUUCAGUGAUGUUCUAAAAUAUUAUGUUCAAGUCGACUCAAAAAGUAUGAAAUGGAAAUACAGUUGUGAUAGUGAAAAAACUGAGCAAGUACUGUAAUCUGGAGAAGAUCAACGCGGAUAAUGGAUUUAUGUGCCAAAUCAAUUGCGGAAAAUACCCUGAGUACCUAUUCAUAUUGCUAGUCACGAUAAAAAUGUUUACCAGACCAGGCUAAGUUAUAAUUUUCUGUACCCUCAAUUAUUUCAUUGGUAGAGGUGAAUGCUUUGCUCGGAAUUGAAAGUUUUAUAUUCAAAAUAGCCAAGUAAAUGAGGUGAUGGUAUCAUCGCGAGAUGGGGGAGGAGAUGAGGACAAAAUAUCAUUAAUCACUGCAGCGAGUACUACACCUCAGGAAAGCCUUAAAAGCGCAGAAACAGGUAUACCAGGCAUUGACGUCCAACGAAAAUUCGAACCUAAACCUCACCAGAAGGUGGUAGGAGGGAGGAUCUUCAGCUAUCGAAAGCGAAAACCUUCGGAACCGAACAGCCUCUUUGCUGCCCCACCUGGCGUCAACCCUCAUCAUAUGUCUUCUUCGAGUAGCCGUCGAAAUCCAGGAGGUUCGCGACUAGUAUUCAUAUGGCCGCAGAAGACCCGCACUCGAGGUCGAUUGCUGUGCGUAAUGGCACCUUUGAUCCAUGGGGCACUAGUUGGGCUGCUGUGUUUAGAUGCUGUUCAUCUUUGGCCUGGGGAAUUCCUACCAACUUGUCUCCCAUCUUCUUCGCCGUCGCCACAGCCUCCUGUGCAAUGUAACAUCAUUGAACCUUUAUGGUGUGAUAAUACCUGAUUGCUUGCGAUAAGAUCAUUUUUGAUGUUAGCUCAAAAACACUGUAUCAAAACUUCAUAUUCGCUGGCAUUGUGAGGAUUUCUAUUGAACUUUUCUCGUAGCGAUGUUAUUGCAGGCGUAUAGGAGUGUGAGAGUAAUUACAACUGAUAGUAAGGUCGCUGAAAAAAAUUAUUGGACAUUGUAUGAUUCCACAUGCUUUACAUAUCGUAAUAUGUACUCAAUCUGUUGUGUCGGACUUUGAAAAAUAUAUCUUGUUGAUCUCA